AUGGAAGCAACCACCCUCAAUGGCCCGAGCAUAUCUGUCCCCGGACGAUCGUCGUCGAGCAACCAUGUGCCUACAACGAUAAGCACUUCUCCUGAAUACCAACACCGCAUCGCAGAGAUCUCCGCGCGUGCUGUCCUCCAUGACCCGUUAAACAUCCUGUUCCAGCGCGAGAAGACCGGGAUGGCGGUACCGGUCACCGCGUCUCAGCUGUACGAGGGCUGCAUAACACGCACCAGGACCAAAAUCGCCGCGGGCUCAUUUAUCGUCGAGGCCGCGGGCUUCGCAUCCGUCGCGUGCUGGGAGCCGCCGGAGAGCAUCGCGCCCGACCGCACCGAGGAGGCCAUCCAGGAGAUUUCUCGCCACAGACCCAUCUUUGCGAAAUUCUUGAAAGAAUACGAGGAAACGAGGCGCGAACUCUUUGGGGACCUAAGGAAAUUCUGGGUGCUGAGCCUGAUGGCGAGGGAUCCCGACCGAGCUGACAAGGGGGCUGUCAGGGCCGUCAUCGAGCCGUUUGUAGCCAAGGCGCGACGGGAUGGAGCCCCGCUGUGGCUGGUGGCAGGGAAUGAGAGGGCGAGGGAUGUUUAUGGAUACUUUGGCUUUCGGGUUGUAAAAGUUCUGAGAUGUUUUCCGACAGAUAGAAUGAAGGCAGAAGGUGCAUUGAGCGAGAAAGAUAAAGAGGGAGUUCGUACCUGGUGCAUGGUGGCGAAUUGGCCCCCGGAAAAGGUGGAGUGA